UCGCUUUACGUACCGAUAUCUCUCUUCUUGUAUCUCAACAUUUUAUCGAAAGUCCUUUCUCUAAAUAUCUCGUUCGAGUUUCCCGAGUUGACCCGCUGAGUUAAUCAUGACUUCCGUUGAAGCAGUUCUCGAUAUUGUCCCGUCGGUGCCGGACGUGACUACGGAUGCCAAGGCCAAGAAGGCGACUAAAGCCUCGAAACCUAAGAAAGCUUCCGCGGCGAAGAAAACAAAAUCUGUGCCGUCUCAUCCUCCUUUCGUUGAGAUGAUUACGGAAGCGAUUGUGUCUCUAAAGGAAAGAACUGGUUCGAGCCAGUAUGCUAUCACCAAGUUUAUCGAGGAGAAACACAGCCAAUUGCCUCAGAGCUUCAAGAAGCUUGUCCUCGCCAACCUGAAGAAGCUUGUUGCCGCGGAUAAGCUCGUGAAGGUCAAGGGUUCCUUCAAGGUUCCAUCAACCCGCUCUGCUGCACCGAAGGCUGCUGCACCGGCGAAGAAGGCCGCUGCACCAAAGAAGGCUGCCAAGCCUGCCAAGGCGCUGGCGAAGCCCAAGGCUAAAGCUGCUGCCGCUAAGCCAAAGGCCAAAGUCGCUGCCAAGCCGAAAGCAGCCGUUAAAGCCAAGGUUGUCGCCAAGCCCAAGGCGCUUGCAAAACCAAAAGCUGCUGCGAAACCCAAGCCAAAGGCCAAAGCCAAGCCCGCCGCUAAGCCUGUGAAAGCCGGAGCUCGCUCAUCGACUAGAUCGACACCGUCGAAGGCAGCGAAGCCGGUUGCCAAGGCAAAGAAGGCCGUCCCAGUGAAGAAGCCAAAGAGCGUGAAGAAGUCCCCUGCGAAGAAGGCAAAGAAGUGAGAAUGGUCGUUAAUGGUGGACUGUAUGGAAUUGAAUUAUUCUAUAAAUGAUUUGGGGUUGUGGUAGUUUGUAAAUUAGUUUUAUUCGAGGUAGUUGUUUUUGUGUUAUAUUUAGUAUUUUUUUCCUUUUGAUACACGAGUUCUAUCUCGCUCUCUCUUUGUUUUUAUUCUAGUUUUUAUUUUUUAUUGUUUUCCUUAAUUGUAGCUGUGUAACUUGAAAUAGUAUUUGGAAGUAUAAACUAAUCCGGUUUAACGCUUCACCAUUAUGUUCAA